CAAUGAGUAAAGAGUAAAAACGCGUUUAUUGCAAAAAAUGUUUCUACUGGUAUCUUUACUAUAACUGGUAAUAUUGAAAUGUUAAACUUUAAGACGAAUUCCCUACAGAUGUAAGUACACGCCACGCCACUGUUUUCUGCCAACACCCCUAAUUUAAAGAUUGGACUCGUCCGAGACGAGUUUUCGUCUCUGCGCACUCCUACCACCGUGGACGAUCUGUCAUUUCGCGGACUCUAACCUCAAAACAACACGUGUUGGCAUUUCUCCAGUUGUUAACGUUUUAGUGUAUUAUUUUGUUAAAACAUGGUUUCCAAACGCAAAAAGAAGUACACAACCGGCGAGGGUGCCCAAUUCAUGACCCGCAAAGCGGCCCUCAAAAAGCUCCAAUUAUCCCUCAACGACUUCCGCCGCAUCUGCAUCCUUAAGGGCAUCUACCCCCGUGAGCCCCGAAACCGCAAACGUGCCCAGAAGGGCCAGUCCGGUAUCAAAACCCUCUACCACGUCAAAGACAUCCAAUUUCUGUUACACGAGCCCAUGAUUUGGCGCCUUCGCGACUACAAAAUCUUCAACAAGAAAGUCGGGCGUGCCCGAGCUGUUAAAGACUUCGAAUCGUUGAAGAAAUACCUGAAUAACCACCCAACUUUGAAACUCGACCACAUUGUCAAAGAGCGAUACCCCACGUUUUUGGACGCGUUGCGCGACCUGGACGACUGUCUCACUUUGUGUUUCUUGUUCAGUACGUUUCCGUCAAUCCCUCACGUCCCCCGCGACCAGAGUGCGCUGUGUCAGAGGCUCACAAUUGAGUUUUUACACGCGGUGAUCGAGGCCAAGGCCCUAAGGAAAGUUUUUAUUUCAAUCAAGGGGUAUUACUACCAAGCGGAAAUCAAAGGUGAGACCAUUACGUGGAUUGUGCCCCACCAUUUCGCGUUCGAGCCCCAGAGCAAGGCCGAAGUCGAUUUUAAGUUAAUGUCGACUUUUGUCGAGUUUUACACGAUUAUGUUGGGUUUUGUCAAUUUCCGGCUCUACCACCAAUUAAAUCUUUACUAUCCUCCCAAAUUCACAAAUUUGAGCCAAACAGACAGUGAGAAAGAAAUCGUAGACGAGGGGAUUUUUGUGUCAGAACGUGUGGCAGCCCUUAAUUUCCCUCUAUCCAAAAGUACGAAUUCAGCAAUUGAGGACGAAGUCGAAAUUGAUAAUUUCAACACUGAGAACAGUCCGGAGAAAAUCGAAGAGGCGCGAAUUGAGGCUGAAAAAAUAAAAAAAUUGAAGACACUUUUCAAGGGACUGAAGUUCUUUUUGAAUCGAGAAGUUCCAAGAGAACCUCUCGUGUUUAUUAUCCGUUGUUUCGGGGGCGAAGUCUCGUGGGAUAAGUUACUUUUUGUGGGGGCCACGUUUGAUGAAAAUGACGAGUCGAUUACGCACCAAAUUGUUGAUCGACCCUCAAUGGAGAAGCAAUACAUUUCACGAUAUUACGUUCAGCCCCAGUGGAUUUUUGAUAGUGUUAAUGCGAGGGAACUCCUCCCUGUUAAUAAAUACUUUAUGGGGGAGAUUCUCCCCCCGCAUUUAUCGCCGUUUACUAACGAAGGGCGGCAUCAGGAGUAUAUGCCUCCGGAGGAAAAGGCUCUGUAUGAUCCUGAAGCUUUGGAGGAGUUGCAUAAGAAGGGAGAAAGUGAUGAGGAUGCAGACGAAGAAGAAGAAGAAACUGAAAAUGCAGACACAACGAACGAACAAGUUGAAGAAGAGGAAGAAGAAGACGAGGAUGAAGAAGUUGAAGCGGAGGAAACGGCGCCUGUGAAAAAGAAAUUAAAGGUAACUCCAGGUGAAAUAUACAAGGAAGUUCCUUGGGAGAAGAGUCGGCAAGAGAGGCAGGAAUAUAAACUUAGGGAAAAGUUGGUUAAAAACAAACACCGAAAACUGUACAAGAGCAUGAUGGCCGGCCGCAAAGAAAGGGCGAAAGAGAUUUGGUUGUUGAGGAAGAAGCGACGAUUACACGAUGAGAAACAAAAAGAAGAAAAGAAAGCGAAAAAGAAACAACAAAAAAGCGCGUCAGUUUCAUAAUUAUUUUAUUUUUUAUAAAGUACAUAAAAUAUUUCAGUGGAUUAAGUUAUGCAAUAAAUAGUAAUCUUCCUGUUACUUAAUUGUACAUCUUAUAAAUAAAUAGAAUUGAAGGAAUUCACUAAAAA